CCUUCAUUCAGUUCCUCUUAUUUUGAACUUGUUAAACACUUCUCAUCCAUCAUUUCCCAUUUCCACAUAACCAUUAGAGAUGACCGCCUAUAAUGAGUGGUUGUCAGGUACGCCCGUGAGCGCUCCUAUUCCCACAUCGUUAUAUCCCAUUGCAACCCUCGUUACAGUUGCAGCUGGACUUGUAACUGCUGGUACCUUUAUCAUUCAAGGUCAUAAAACGCCACUUUUAAAACAACUUCAGACAGCCAUCAUCUCAUCCAUAUUAUUAGGUUUUGGAGCUAUUUUUGCUUCCAACGCUGCCGGUGUCUACCUUUAAACAGAUCUAUAUAUAUGUAUACCGCUUUAUCAGCCUUAAACCAACAAAGUCUACAGAUGAACAUUCGGUCGAUAAAGUUUAAAUGAAAUAAAAGCAACUGUAAAAAAAGAAGGGAUAUAUUGUUACAUUGUAAGUUAGGAGAGCAAAGUCAGUGUGUCUGUAUUUUAUAGAUACACAUAUCGUUGUAUUUUAAAAAUAAGGGGAGCUCAGUUGAAUGUAUUGUCUAUUUGCCUUCUUUUUUGCACUUAUUAUGUCUGUCUAAUUUUGAAUAUAAGGAGGGAUACGGU